AAGUGGAUGGGCUGUACUGUUGUUGAUUGGUGUAGGGAUGUGUACAGUGUGGAGUUCAUUGAUCGCAUUGAAAGUGAGGUGACAGCUGUGUCUCCUGAUAGAACGUGUGUCACCUGUCUGCAGUCCAUAACUACGUAGCAAUGGACAAAGAAUUAUUCAUAUCUGCGCCUGGAAAAGUAAUAUUACAUGGUGAACAUGCUGUGGUCCAUGGGAAGAUGGCUUUGGCAGUGGGAUUAAAUUUAAGAACGUUUAUUCAAGUCAAACCUCACAGGGACAGUACUGUGUUAAUAAACUUGCCAAAUAUUGGAACUAAGCUUACAUGGGAUGUCAGUGAACUUCAGCCUCUACUAACCAGAUUCCAAGGUGACCCUGGACACGAGCCUGUGAGCCCCAGUUCAGAACAGCUGGAUUUAUUGAAGACGUGUGCAGGCUUUCCUGAAGGAUCUAAAGACACUGAAAGACUUGCUGCCCUGGCUUUUCUCUACCUCUACCUUUCCAUCUGUGGGCGAGAUAUCAAGGGGUUGAAUAUCGUGGUUUGGUCCCAGCUACCUCCAGGAGCCGGUUUGGGGUCUAGCGCUGCCUAUUCUGUUUGUCUGGCUGCUGCCUUGCUAACUGUCUCUGGAAGGAUUUCAUGCCCAGUUCAUGAAGGCACAGAAGAUGGCAGGUGGACAGAAACUGAAUUAAAGCUCAUUAAUAGUUGGGCAUUUCAGGGAGAAAAGGUCAUCCACGGGAAUCCAUCUGGUGUGGACAAUGCUGUAGCAACACUGGGUGGUGCUUUACAGUAUCAAGCUGGACAAAUAACCCCAAUGAAGAGGGUACCAUUGCUACAGAUUUUGCUUACCAACACAAGAGUACCACGCAGCACAAAGAUCCUGGUGUCAGGAGUGAAAGAUAAGCUACUCAAGUAUCCAGGCAUUAUAGAACCAGUCCUGUCAUCAAUACAUGCAAUUUCUCAGGAGUGCCAGCACAUACUAGAAGCUUCAACUUCAGGAUUGUCUAUGGACCAGUAUUCUGUGCUAGAGGAACUGAUUGACAUCAAUCAACAUCACCUAAAUGUGAUUGGUGUUGGGCAUCCUUCAUUGGACAGGCUCUGUCAGGUGACUGUUUUGCAUGGUCUGCACAGUAAACUGACAGGUGCUGGAGGAGGUGGCUGCGCAAUAACUUUACUGCGACCUGAUGUAGACCGAAGUGUGGUGGAAGCGGCCAAGCAGCAGCUCACGGACUGUGGAUAUCAGUGCUGGGAGACCAGUAUCGGAGCCCCAGGUGUUUCUUUGCAUCCUUCUUUGUCAUUGCCACAAGAUAUUAUAAGAGCUUUCAGAAAUGUAUAACCUAUAUUUAGCCCUUGGAUAUUACAUUGUGGAGCACCAUCAUGGACUUGCGUAUCUCAUGAAGAUUGUAUUGCAACUGCUUGCCUUACUGACACACAGAAAAGAUGCAAAGCUUUAAUAAUGGGGUAUUACCUGUUACCAGCUAUCGGUCAUCACACCAACCAGAGAUGCCGCUGUGUGAAAUCAAAUUGUUGGUUUGGAGAAAUGUAUUUUUAGUUUUAAAAGAAAAAAAAAAAAACACAUAAAAUGAAAUUAUUAUAUUUCUUGUGUUUCCUAUUGCUUACAGAACACCAACCGCAGUUUUUAUGAGCUGAUAAAACACUAUGGGAGCAAUUUACUAUCGGCAAAUAGACUAUGCACUUUGAAAUUACAGUUACUCCAGAGCUAAGUAAAUGAGAUGAAGCUUCACAAAGUAUACCCAAUCGCAUGCAAGG